AUGGAGCCUGUUGAGGGCAACGAGUUAGAUAAUGCUGAAAAAGAUAAUGACCAAGAUAAUGGUUCAACUACAAAUGCUCCAAUACAGAAGGAAUCUUUGCUUGAACAGAGGGACACUGACGAAAACUCAGAGUUUCGGAAAAGUAAUGAAGUAUCUUCGGCCAAGACUAGAAGAAAGAGUAAAAGAGUUUCUUCAACACCUGCGUACUGGUACACUGACACUGAUCAACUUCAGUACAUCAAGAAUUGUAGAGCAAGUGGAACGAUACCAUCUAGAUACUUUUUACGUCACUUGAAAGAUGAGAACCUCAACCUGAAACAUAGUGUUCUGGGACUGAGAAAACUGAAACCUAUACUAGCAAGCAUUUCUAACAACUUUAGUAUAACACAACUGGAUCUUACAAAUGCUUGUAUAAAUGAUGAGUGUGUUAAUGAUUUAUGCCAUAUGUUCAGAGAGAACACAUGUAUAACUGACCUUAAUUUGUCUGAAAACCAAAUCACUUCUAAAUCAGCUGAAAUUCUCUGUGAAGUGCUUGCAUCGGCUACACAACUUUUAAGAUUAAAUCUACGAAAAAACUUAUUUAGUGACAGUUCAGGAAUAUUCUUCUCUGAAUUGAUUGCAACCUCACUAAAUCUUGUUUAUAUGAAUAUUUCUUAUAACGAUUUGGGUGAAAUGUCAUGCUAUUAUAUUGGACGAGCAUUACCUCAGGCAACAACACUUAUUGAAUUCGAUUUAAGUUGGAACAGGCUAAAAGGAAAAAAGUUAGAUUUUAUCGGUAAAGGUCUUGCUGUAAGUUGA